AUGGCCGAGGCUGAUGAUGAUUAUGAGGAAGUCUCGGAUGGACCCGAACCUGAACGGCCGGAUUCUCCUUCGGAUCGCGCUGGCGCCGUGCAGGUUGGGGGGUUGCGAACUUACGCCCCUCUCAGUACCGGGUCAGAUGACGACUCCGAGUCAGAGAGAGAAAGGAAGGAUCCGGAGAGAGGUGUCCGGAAACUCCUCCUCGACAUCAGCAGCAGGCUCAUGACAGAUGCGGACAUGGAGACUCCCGAGGACUUCGACGAAGAAAGAAGCAAAGCCUGUCUCGGUACGCUGGAAGACAGGGCUUUCCUCGCCAGCAUGGUGCAUCGAUUUGCGCGCGAUGAUCUCAAAAGUGACGGCGAUGGUGUCGAAGCGGCUAUACGGAUGCACAUCCACACUGUCGCUGUCUGGAAGAAGUGGGUUUAUGCCAUACUGACGUGUGGUGCUUGGGUGUUUCUUCGACCUCCCGAUGACACCGGAGUCCUUAUCCUGACGAAGAAGGGCCGCCUGAUCACGUAUGGCAAGAAACAGCAGGCUGAUCCGAACAGUGUGGGAGGCUUCUUGUUCCAGGCUUUAAUGCUGUUCUUUGCCUUGGCUCUGGCCAUCACUCUGAUCGGUGCAGCACAAGGUUCAGGAGCGGAGAUCUUCUCUCUGAUGGACGAAGUCAACUACCAAAUGGCCUGUUGGGUAACCCUCAUCAUCGCAGCUCUGCUGUUUGCUCUCUACCUUUUCUCCCAUCGUCCACGCCUCGACUGCGGAUCCUCUUACCGGCAACACUUCGCAGUGAGCGAUCUGUGUGCCGCAGUAUAUGCCAGAGAGGAUUAUGGUGGCUUCUGUGGUCGCCGGAAGCGCGGAGAACUGAAGCUGGAAUUCACGAAGUACUAUCCUGAUGAAGUGAGCUUGGCCACGGGCCUGCCGCGAACAGCACCGAAUGCCAACUGCGUCGGCCCUGCGUCUGCGCUGCCUACAGCCAUGGCAGGCGACUCGGCAUCCGUGCUUCAAGAGAAAUCUCGAGCGGCCGAGGAGCAGGCCAAGGGAGGCGGACCGAAGCACCUACUUGGCAGUCGGACAGCCACGCUUCUGGGCGUUUUGGGUACGCUGGGGGCCCUCUACGAGUACCUCGCAAUGUUGAACUUCUCGGUGCACCUGAUGCCGGUCUGCACGACGAAGCGAAAAGGUUGCAGCUGGAAAGUGGACAACGAUCAGUUCUAUGGCAAAAAGGCCUAUGCGGAGGGCGCUCUGGUUCCAUCAGAUCCCGAGUCUGCCAACUGUGUCGAUGGCCAGCGGUUUUGCGACUACUACUGGAGGCAUUCGGACUACUGUAGCCCAGAUCAGGCAGAAUACCAGCAAGCAUCUGCAGCCGUGGAGUGUGAGCAGCUUCCUACGCUGUUCAACCUGCUGAAGGAAGUGCCGCUCUACACCUCCGUCGCCACGACCAAGGACGUGAAGUACGUCACGCAGGACAGCGGGAUGAUUCCAACGGUGUCAUCUCCACGCUUCUUCCGUGGCGGAGACUCCUUCAUACCGAAGGGCAUGGAACUGAGGAAGGUUGGCAGUUUGACCGAAGUGAAUGCACUUCUGGCAAAACACUUGCCCAUCGACUUUGAGCAGGUGGAGGCCGCGUGCCACGGCGGCCCGGAUGGCUUCGUCUAUGUAGACCUCAUCCGGGAGCCGGAAGUGGAGCCACUUUUCCAGGCGGACUGUGAAGAGCUGCAGCAGGUAUGCUUGGCAGAGACCUGGUCGCCGGAGACCAAUGGCUGGUGGCCUCCAAACCGGUGGCUUGACCUGCGCUUCGAGCGGGCCCUGUGCCUGUACGAAAGCUUGCCGGUGCUGCUUUCCAACGGCGGCCACCGAGUCUGGCGGGACGUGGGAGGCGCCGAUCUGGAGGGCUUCGGCGAGGGCUGCCACGGGGAGCCGCUUUUAAAAGGCACCGCCGAGAGCCUCCGGAGCUGCGAGCUGCUCUGCGAGGCGGAAACCGGCUGCAACUACGCCUUCUAUGGAGAGAGCGACAUUAUCGAGGAUAGCGGUCAAAGAUAUAACUGCAUCCUCUACGCCGCCUGUCCUGUGGUGGACGUGCCG